AUGAACCAUCGCUCAUCCACUUCAUCUCGUGAUCGAAAUAAUGCUAAAAAUGUUAUUAAAUCGUCCAAAGAAACCACAAAUUCACAAAUCGUUCCUCGUUUUGAUCGUGGUAAUUUUGAAUUAACAAAAUUAUUUCCAAACCAAACACUAGAAACAAUUUUUCUACAAUUAUUAGUUUAUUCAUUAUUGGAUAGUCUAUGUUUGAAAUUGACAGAUAAUGAUAUCAUAAAAUCACAGUACAUAUUUCAAUUACAAAUUCAUUUUUUACAAAAUAGUAAAUUGUUACCAACCACUGAAAGCACGAGUCAACAACGAAUUUCUACUAUAAGAGAGUUACCAGUAUUUCAGGAAUAUAGGCGAGCAUUAAAAAAUGGUUUUCUUGGUGCCUUUCGUCUUUUGGAACAGACGCCAGCGAUUAAAUCAUAUCUCGAGCGGGAAUAUGAGAAAAUAACGUUACCUCAAUCAUUAACAUUACAUGUUUCUCAAAAAGAUAUACAAAGAAAUAUGCAAUUAAAACAAAUUCCAGUCACAAAUGAUUUUGAUAAUAUUGUCAUCUAUCGUUAUAUUCAUGACUUUUAUGAAAUUGAUAAAUUAGGACAUGGCGCAUUCGGUUCAGUUUAUAAAGCAAAAAAUCGUUUAGAUGGAAAAUUAUAUGCUGUUAAAAAGAUUGUAUUUAAUGAUAACUUUCAAACACGUACAAAAGCUAUAAAAGCAUUGAGAGAAGUACGAUUUUUAGCAUCGAUUACUCAUCCGAAUGUCGUUAAUUAUCAUUGUGCCUGGCUUGAACUUGUACCAAUUGAAAUAAAUCGUCAAUAUAGUCAUCAAUCAGAUGGUACUGAAAGCAGACAACAUUUUUCAACAAGUGAAAAUCAGUUUCAAUCAGUUACUAAUGAAAAAUUGAAUAAUAAAAAAAUUGAAAAAGAAGAUUCAUUAGAUGAUAUGAUACAUUUUGAAAACUCAUGUUCAAAACAACUAUCGAAAUCAACUGAAUGCUUAUCAAUGGGAGAAAAACAACAACAAAAACCAAAAACAUCGUCGACAUCGACAUUAGAUAAUAUUGAACAACAAUGUCAAUUUUCUCAUUUUAAUAUAGCCAUGAAAGAUGUUUAUGGACGACUAGCAACGAUGAGCGAUUGCAAACAGCAAAAAAAUUCAGCAAUUAAUAGUCAUUCAUUGUCAGAUUCCACUUACUCUACAUCCGCAAAUCUUGAUCACGAUUUCUUCCUCUUGAAUCAUAGUUUAAAUAAAUCAUUAAAACGAUCUAAAACUAAAACAUCAACAUCAAAAGCAUUAGCACUACUACCAGUAAACAACAAUAAUUAUCAUCCAUCUCGUUUUCCAAUUUGUACAUCAAAAAUUGUUUUGUUUAUACAAAUGCAACUCUGUGAUACAACUUUACACGAUUGGUUAAAACAACGUGAUCGUCGAAUAAUAAGUGAAUAUUCGUUCCAUUCAAUAAAUGCUUUAGUCUGUCAUCCUCAUUUAAAUAACAAUUAUGUGAAACAAAGUUGGAAUAUCUACAAACAAUUAUUGUUGGCAGUUGAAUAUAUUCAUUCACAAGGAUUUGUACAUCGAGAUAUUAAACCACGAAAUAUAUUUCUUCAAUGUAGAAAAGAUGAUGAUUUAAUCAAUGUUAAAUUAGGAGAUUUUGGAUUAGCUACCAUAGAUCAAGCUGAUUAUUUAUCUUUAAUAAUCGAUGAAAACAAUGGUAAACAAAUAGUUCAUCAAUCAAUGUCGAAUGGAAGUGAUGGUGGUGUUGGUACUGUCCUCUAUGCAUCACCUGAACAGUUAAAUGGAUCCGUAUCAAAUCAAAAAAAUGAUUGUUAUAGUCUGGGAAUUGUAUUGUACGAACUAAUGAAUAUAUUUCAAACAGAAAUGGAACGAUAUGGAAUGUUAAAUGAAUUGAGAACAAAAAUGAAAACUGAUGAUCAUUUUCAUGAUAUAUUUCCAUUCGAAUCGAAUUUAAUUAAAAGUUUAGUAUCGACUGAUAUUGCUAAACGGCCAUAUGCUAGUGAAAUAAUUAAACUUUACAAUAGUAAAUUGAAUAAAGUAAAAAAAACUCGAAAACAAGUAGAAAUAGAACAGUUGAACGAAACAAUUAAAAGACAAAAAGAAACGAUAGAAUCUUUAGAAAAUGAAUUGAAAAUAAAAAAUGAAUAUAUUCAAAGUUUAGAAAAAAUUUUACAAAAUAAAACAGUUCAAGAAAAUUAG